AUGAGCUACGCCAUUCUGAAAAGCUACAGACAGGGUGUUAUUUCAUUUGUUAGUGAAGAUACCAAAGGCUUAAGUAGUCUUUUCUACUUAUUAUACUUGAAAUCCAGUAACCAGUCUUGUAUGGGGACUCUGAUUGCUCCUAAGUGGAUGAUAACAGCGGCACACUGCUUCUUACCAGAUCUCCAGGUCAUCUUAAAUGGUGGUAGCCAGAGUUUUCAAGACUUUACUGGGGAGAUUCUGCCUUAUGAAAAGAUCAUUGUUCACCCAAACUUCACUGUUACUUCUCCUAAAAAUGAUCUUAUGCUGAUCAAGUUGUCUGUUCCUCUUACCUUCUUUUCCAUCAGCAUUUUUCAGUUGCCUACUGUCAAGGCAGAGAAUGUUAGAAAUUGCCCGGUUUACACCUGCUUAGAGAAUAAAGAAUCUUUUGGAAAUUCAAGAAGUAACCUGUAUAAUUUUCAGAAAAAUUAUUGGGCGGUCAGAGCUGCACCAGUCACAUGUGGCAGCGAAUUACAUGGAGUUAUCUGGGCAACCGGAUGUAUUCUGAGAGAUCGUGUUGUUGUCUUCACUGACAUCCACAGCUACAUGCCAUGGAUCAAGAACAUUAUGUCUACAAAAUAAGCUGAUAGAGAACUCUACUGACACCCUUACAUCCCAGCCGAUCCAUGACAACCACACUGAGUAUUUCAGUCUCAGUUUUUCCUAGGAUCUAGGCUUGAUUGGAGUUUCGAAAGAGAUCAUUAAUGAC